AUGUAUAACUCUUAUGCUCUUGGUGAAUGUGAUGCUUUUUCUUUGCCUUAUUUUGUUGGGCGUGUAGGCUUUCGGUCGAAGUUACUUUCUGUUAGUAAAUUGAAGGAUGGGAAGCCGCUUGGUCGAUGCGUUGUUAUGUUGGAUGCGCUUGAGCAAGCUGCUUCCUCUCCACUUUAUAAUGCUCUAACAUCUGUUUUGCAGAACAGCCGCUCCAACCCCCUCUCUGGGUUUCGUAACACAGUGGUCCGGGCUUCUUCGGAUUGGUUGGGUUUUUGGGCUGAGGUUCGGGAAGCUGCGGUAAUUUUUGAAUUGGAUUGGAAGAAGUUUGAUAGGGAACGGCCAGCUGAGGACAUUGACUUCUUCGUCGAUGCAGCUUCCUCGUUGAAAUUCUUAUACAUAUGA